CAACACUGAGAGUGUGAUCCAGAGAUCUCUCACUGGAGAACGGUUCAAGACCAAAUUGUUUCUGUAUCGAUACAGCCAGUUUUUCGACUAUUGCAGUCUCUGAGAGGCCGUGUUUGACACUCCAUCGAGCUCCCAAGCUUUUCUGUCCACAAUCGAAGCCAAGACUUCUGACCAAUCGCGUUCGUUACACAUCGAAGUCAAUACAUAUCCUAUAUCAUUCGACCGCAUAACAUCUCGCAGCAAAACUAACCAUGUCUGACAAUCUAUUGUCAUUAGCUGGUUGGUACCUCCUGCCAAACCUGGUAACAGGAUGGGCGCAAUCAGCCUUCUAUGCCAUUUGGAUCCGCGCGGGUGAUCCCAAGCCCCAGCCAGGAACACAGGUGUUUGUCAAGCACCGCAAGAGAAUCAACAUCAUAGUCGUCUUGGCAUACCUACUCUACACAAUCUACGAAGCAGACUUUCAACUCAGAAUGGCUGGCAACUUCUACCAAGACCUAGGCGUGGGCCUUGGGAUCGACGAAAGAGGACUUCAGAGCCGUUUCAGAAGAUUAACACUCCUCCAUCACCCAGACAAGGUGGCUUCAGACUCCAACCGCAGCAUAGCAGAAGCAUACUACGUACACCUAAAACUAUGCCGUGACAUCCUAGUCGACCCAACAAAACGCUUCGCCUACGACCGUCUGGGCCCCGAAAUCCUCGCCUGGCAGAAAUCUACCACAAUCCCCGAUUACAUGACCGCCGGCAUCCGCAACCUCUUCUACUACUACACCGGCACCGCCGGCGUAUUGACCAUAAUCGGCUUCAUGGGCUACAUCAAACAAGCCGCCUUCUGGCGCUUCCUGGCCCUCGCCUCCUUGGGCGUCUUCGAACUCCACUGUCUAAUGUCUCCCGAAUUUCCUCGCUUGCUCACAAAGAUUGUGAAUCCCGUACUCACGCUUAUACCCCUACACCCUCAAUUCCUACCCUUCCAAUUGCUUUCGCUGCUCAGAAAACUCAUCUUGACGCUGUUCAUCGCAUUUUCGCAGAUCGGUCCUUUGCUCACGCCUUCAACCCCCGCUCCACCAUCAGAAGACCAGAUCCAGCAACAACAACUUCAACGUCUUGGUGCUAUAGCAGGAGGACUGGAAACCCAAGCGAACAUGUUGAUGGCGUUGGAAAUGACACCCUUCACCGAUGAAAGCGACAUGAGGGAAUUGAGAGAGAGGUUGAAGAGAUUCUUGGUGGAUAAUACCAUCAGGAGUAAUAAAGAAGUCAGGGAUGCCAUGGGUGGCGUUUUGGCUCGGAGGAGACAGGGUGUUCCACAUGGUGCUGCGGGUACGAGAUAGAAAUUUUUGUAGGAUAUGGACCUUUUUUUUCUGUGUUUUGAUUCAAGCGUAGUACAACAUGGUAGCUGCUGUGAACAAAAAAAAGAAUUACUUGCAUCGAAUGAAAAGCGAAAUGACUCUAGAUAACGGCGGGCGAGAG